AAUCUUGUUUCACGACAUUGUCUUUGACUGCAGGAUUUUGUACAGUAGGCGACACAUCUAAGAGUAUUUGUACCCAAUUUCACAGCUGCUGUGCGGCUGACAAUGGUUGUGAGAUGCGACACUAACUGCUGAAGAACCAGGCCAUACUGACAAGAAUCGUAAACAAGUCCAAAUACAUUGCUGAAAGGCAUUGGUCAAAUUUGACCCUGUGCGCUAAUCAAUAUACCGGUAGUGCUAACGUUAGCUAGCUUGCUGCCAAAGCCUGACCAAUUGCAAUAAAGGUUGAAACCAUAAAUAAAUAGCUGACCGUGUCAAAUAGUUAGUAACAUUAGCAACGUCCCAAAAUAUAUUUUGUUUAAAUGGCACCCUAUCAGUAUUAGGAAAAACACAUUUUUCUCUUCUGGACUUUCGAAUACUUAUCUCGCGCUUCGUGAGUCUUGAAGCCAUCGUUCGAUCACCGACAGAAAUCAGCGAGGCAAGUAAAUCAUGUCAUUACUGCCCAAGAUAGUAACGUUACGCGACAGAGGGAGGAUCUUACUCCAUGACCAGUUCAAGUAUAUUUCCGCGAAGAUGUCUUCAUCCUCUGGUAAGAGACUUCGGGUUCUAGUGGACAUGGAUGGCGUCAUUGCAGACUUCGAAGGGGGAUUCCUGAAGAAAUACCGGGCCAGGUACCCCAAUGAACCGUACAUCACCCUGGAGGACAGACGAGGAUUCUGGGUGUCGUCUCAGUAUGGGAACUUGAGGAGUGACCUGUGUGAGAAGGCCAUCAGCAUUUGGGAGUCAAAGGACUUCUUUAUAGAGCUGGAGCCCCUUCCUGGAGGAGUGCAGGCCGUCAAGGAGAUGGCUAAGAUGGAGAACACAGAUGUCUUUAUUUGCACCAGCCCUAUAAAACAUUAUAUCCACUGCCCUGGUGAGAAGUAUGCCUGGAUAGAGAAGCACCUGGGCUAUGAUUUCUUGGACCAGAUCAUCCUAACCAGAGACAAGACUGUGGUGACUGGGGACGUCCUCAUAGAUGACAAGCCAGACAUCCUCGGUGUAGAGCCCAACCCAAGCUGGGAGCACAUCCUAUUUACAGCCUGCCACAACAAGCACAUGCUUCCCAGCUCCAGCCACCGGCGCCUGCUCUCUUGGGCAGAUGACUGGAGGGGCAUCCUGGAGAACAAGAGGCUCUGAUGAGCCCCCCUCAUACACACAUCAACCUUCCCUUCUCCACCCUGAUUACCUACACUGUAUUGGGGUACAAAGGGUGAAUACCUCCACUAAUACACCACAGUCAGUCUCGAACUUGAAGUUUAGGGUUCUACUGUACCUUAUUUAGCCAAUGUCAGAGAAUAUGAAUCUGUUUUACCACUAGGGGGCACACAUCGACUAAAGCAUGAGGUAGAAAUACUGAAAAUGAUUGCAGUGAAAGACCAGCAACAAUAUUGAGUAGAGAGUAAAUGCAGAGUUUACUGUUUUGACUCACUCUUUAUAGUUGUAUAAGACUAUUAUUAGUUGUUCCUUCUACAUAUUUUGUUUGUAUGUUGACCAGGACAUUGGCCAGAGGGCAAUACAGUUUUGUUUCACAUAUACUGUAUAGGAGUGACUCCAUUUUGUAAAUGUUGUGUUCCAACAUUGUGCCAACAUGGAUCAAAUUGUAGCCUAUAUAUUAUUUUCUCUACUUAGUUUAGGUAGAUUUUUAAAGGUGUUUUAAAGCAUCCACCAAUCCACAGGCAAGUAUUGAGAAUGACAGAUAUGACUAGGUUGCAUGAUAUUAACUUAAUGUCUACGGAUUUAAAACACAGAUUUAGAAAAAGUGAAUAUACUUUAUUUUACAAAUAUAUAUAAAUUAUAUAUCAAAUGUAUUAUAAAGACAUGCUAAACCUUCCUAUUUUAUUUCAAAUUGUAACAUUACGUAAUCGAUUUGCAUUAGUCUUAUGUGUCUUAUUGUUUGAGACAAGAAAAUGGUUGACUGAAAAAAAUAUCAUUACUUAUUACACCUCAAAGUAUCCAAUACGCUCUGCUGUGAAUAUGGUCAAGCUCUUCCAUCAAAACAAAUGUAUUUCUUUUCAUAAGUGUCUUUACAGGCCUUAAAGUAUAUUCACAAAGCAACCUAACGUAGCAGGGGUAGCAAGACACCUGAGCAGACUCCCCACGUUUUUCAGGGAAAAUGGAAGUUUGGUUGAAAAUACUGUAUCCCUGAAAACCAGAAACAUCCACAUUCUGCUGACUCCGCGGAGAGUGGUCACAAAGUGGUCCAGUGAAGAAGUUAUACUUACACCUAGCUGAAUGUCUCUAGCCUUUUGUAAACAUUUUCAAAACAGUUGAAAUUGGUGCUAAUGUUGUUCAUUGCUAGUUCACCUAUUGUGAGUAUCCCUUACCCCAGUGAGUCACAUAGAGGGCAUAGCUAGCUCUGGCCUGACCUCUAUAGAGGCCCACAAUGGAGGUGUCAUAAUACCCAUAAAACCUAGCGGUCAAACAGGGAAAUGGUUCCAAUUGUUUUUCGACCAUACAUUUUUUUCCAUAGUGGAUUUUAGAAACGCUUAAAAUAAGGGUUGUUUCGUGUAGUUUUACCAUGGUGUGACAUUUUGAUAAACAUGUAAAUCUCUCUUGUACAUGGUGACUUCUAUCAAUAUACUCGGCUCUAUUUACUCUGAUUCAAAAAUCCUAAUCCUAGCAUCAAAGUAGACACCAUUCAAAACUACAAAUCCCUCCAAGCUCCUGCACGUCAUCUCUAACUGAUACCUUUGCUAACAGGUAAUGUGUCAAUUUAAAACUUGCACAAGACAGUUCACAGAAUUGUCCAUUUAAAAAAAUGUAGCCUAUUUAUUAUUUACUACAUUUAGCUAACAUUAGAUAGUUCAUCCAGAGAUUCUUACCUUUGCCUUGAUUCGACAGUCUUAUCCAGAUCAUCAUGACAUUUGUUGUUCUUUAUGAUAGCCAGUUUAGCAGCUAAUUAGCAUUUCCAUUUUUGGGGGUAAAUAUAGGCGAAUAUAUUGAUUUAGAAAUGACCUUGUCCUAGAGAGAUUUUCACAAUUAGCAAAACGUCACGCCAGGGUAAGCCUACACGAAACACAGCCCUUAUUUUAAGUGUUUCUAAAAUCCCCUAUGGGACAAAUAAAUGGUGGGGAAAUUAUUGGAACCAUUUCCCUGUUUUAGGUUGUAUGGGUAUUAUGACUCAUACUAUGGUACUCUAUAAGGCUCUGAUUCUAACUGGUUUUAGUCUAACCCUUUCAGCAUGCUGUUGUAUCCUCAUUAGCUAGCCACGUGUCCCAAUGCCACCUCCUUUCCUCUCCUCGUAUCUCUCAUGUUAAUCACAUUUUAAAAGCCAUGGAUUCUCUUGUAAUUGAUUUUUUUACCUUUCCAAGUGUCUUUUCAGUUGUCAUGAAGGGAAGGCGUUGUUGUCAAGACUUUUGGAAAAUACUGUACGUACACAGCCUAAGUGUUACGAUUGCCCUGAUGAUGACCCUGUCUGUGGGGUGAGUUAGGGUUAAGCGAUGUGUGUAGAAUCCACUGCUAGGUCAACCACUGUAUCUCACAAAGUCUGUUCACUGCCUGUCACUGCAUCUUGUCAAUGAAUGUCUUUGGUGCUGGAUGAUAUCUAUGUCAAUGUGUUUUUUGGAGAACAGAGAAUAUACUAAAUGUUGUCGUUAACAGAUCGAAUAAAGAAUGCAACAUUGAAAAUAGCAAUAUUCAAUA